UCCAUCUACCCUAGGAACCUUUGUCAGAAGAGUUAACUACCUUUUGCGUCUGUAUCCUACAACCCAUGAUCGACAGACAAGCGUUAUAUUUGGAGCAAUUGAACUUCAAAUCACCGGUGAUGCCCAGAGGAUUCUGCAAGUUCUACAAGUCAACAACUGGCCAGAUCUUAGAGCAGCCCUAAUCGACGAGUACAAAACGCAAACACCUGUGGAGGAACUAUUAUGGCGAUUAUACAAUACUAAUUUUCAAGCGAUAGACUGGGGAUCGAUAAGAAACUGUGUUGGGAAACGGAAACACCCGGCAAACCGAGCUCACAUGCGGCCGCAAGGGCGGAAGCUCGUUCUCAUUCCCGAAUGGCAGCAAAGGCGACCAGACCUAGGAGCGGACUUCAACCCGGAGUGGUACAGCGACACGAGCGUCGGCACGCCGGAUCCAAGGAGAGCAACCGCAACUUGUCGACAGCAGCUAAAGACGCUUCUUGCAGUAGAGCAGCAGGGGCCCCGACGUCGCAGCGAAGGUGACGCCCAUUCACAACAGCCACAGUCAAAUUUUAAAUCCAAUUCACCGUCAGUUGAAGCAGAAUUAAGUGGACAGUUGAAUAUCUUUAAGGAAAGCAGGAGGGUCUCCCUGGGCGACUCCACAUUAAAAAAUACGCAUACGGACAAAAUAUUGGGAAGCGGCGGAAAACUCAACAAGGAUCCCCGAGAAGGAGAAGAAUCAGGACAACAAAUUCGGUGUCGGAACCCGAAGUGCGACCAGUGGGCAUCGCCAGGCGAUGCCAAGAAGCUAUACAAGUCAUGCCAUAAUUGUUCCCAUUUAUACUGUUCGCGUGAGUGUCGACGAACCCAUUGGGAAAGGCAUCGCAAGGAGUGCCUCCACUCGCGUGCCUCCAACCUGUGUCGCCAGGUGCUAGCUACUUGCAAAGACGACCUGGACUCGCAGUGCCAUCUCAGCCUGCUAGCACGCAAAGGAUGCCUGUCGCAGGGACGGGGCGUCGUGCGGGUUCUAUUUCGGAGUGUUGAGAUGGCAGAGGGGUUCUUCAGAAAUGGGUUCCAAUGUAUGGGCGAGGCUUCGUACGUGCGCUGGCCGGACCUUAUGCCAGCCGAGAUGGGCCUGGAAAUGUACUCAGAGCUACUUAAGCUCAUCACAAUGUACAAGCCAGAGUCCAAGAUGCUUAUAUACGUAGCCAUUUGCGUGGUGUCGGAGGCGCCGGGCAUGGGUCAGACGCCGGUGCGCUGGGAACGACAACUGGUGAGUCGUUGUGCCAAACUAAAGCUCUGCAAGAAAGUUUUGACCGAGUUGGAACAGGAGCUUGCGCUUGGGCUCCAGCAACCGCUGGCAGUGGUGGCCAAGCCAGAACGAACUGAAAUUGUCAUUCUAACCUUCAACACCGGGCAGGGCUUCUUGAACCGCAACCGGGAGUUGAUCCUUUCCAACAUUCUGGACAUUUUGUCCAGACGCGGAGUCAUGCUGCGCAGGCACUACCCAGAAAUUUUUCAGCGCCUGCAAGCAUACAUCUGGGGGCGGAGCGAUAAAUUCAACCCAGUAACGUUGCAUCCCCGAGAUUCGCAGACCGGCCAAAGCUUUGUCUGCAUUAUCAUGCCGAUGCAAACAAAAAGUCAAUUCAUUAAUUUUCCCUCAGUGGCGGACGGUGGCAAUCGAGUGACUACCAUCGAUGUGUGCUCUCCUGCGGCUUUCGCCCAGCUAAACGAUGAUGAGCUACUUAAGACAAUAUCCAAGAACAGUUGAUUAAAUGCAAAAGAAAAUCAAUUGCAGUAGUAGCAAAGAACUUAAAAAGGAAAGGAGCGGCAGUGCCAAAGCUUUUCACGCCAAGCUUUUCAGCGACUCCUUGAAAUGUGGCAUAGAAAGUACCACAAGACACAUAAGACACAUUCUCUCUAAUAAUAGUAAUAUUUCUAGUUAAAAAUUACUAAAAUUAUUAACAUUUUUCUUUUGAACGGUAUAAUUAAUUAAUCAACGUCGCAAAGGAACGCUUUUCAAUAUAAAAAAGUCAAGAAAAAUUUUAAUUUUGGAAGAUAACCGAUUUUGGUUCUAAAAACAAAACACAAAUUUUUAGCUAAUUUAGCACAAUUAUGGGUAGAUUAUUUUAAAAACUCAGUAUCAUUUUGUCUUGUUUCCACUUAUUGCAGUGUUUACUAAGUGUAAAACACAUAAGACUCUAUUAUAGUUUGAUAUCCGCUUUGCCAAAUGUUCAUUUUUUUCCGUGUUUUUCAACCAUGAUGGCGGAAGAAUAAAAAUAAUAUUUUUAAGUAUUUGUAUAUUACAUUUUUAACACGUUUUCUGAAGAUUCUUCUUAAUAAUUGGAAAGUUCGAGAAGCGUCUGUUCACAAUUUUGUCUGCAUGAGGAAGGAAAAGUUAAAGCAACAUGGUUCUAGAAAUUGCAUCAAGACCAAUAUCCAUGGAAAUCCGCAACUAUUUUAUUUUUCAUACGAUGUUUUUUAUAAAUAUUUAUUAGUAAUUUUAAAGCAAAAGUAAAAACAAAAUUUAAAUGAGUUCUUCAUUUAAUUACUUUAUAAAAACUAAAACUUAUAAAAAAAAAACAAAACUGCUUAAAAUGAAUUUGUUUCAAAAUGUUGACCUUGAUUUCUAAGUAUUCUUCUGUAAAGCGUACUUCCUGUUUUAAACAAUCUUUUAAAUGAAUACCAAUUAUGUAUCAAAUGUAAUUUAAAAAUUGCACCACAAAUUGAGCCUUCAAAAAUGAAUGUAUAAUUAAGGGCCUAGCGGGAUGUAUGUAAAUUGUGGUAUACAUCUUAUUAUGUUGCGCGAUCUGUAGAACAAAUAUUUGUUUUUAAGGAUUUCGAACUUCUCCGAUAUAGUAACAAAAUUAAUAAAUGUAGUUCCGGAUAACAAUGUCGAUGUUUUGUCACUUAGAAUUACAUUCUUAAGAAACGCUUCUCUAUGACCUGUUGGAUUUUUAAAUAAAUUAGUAUACUUAAAUCGUUGUAUGUAUAAAUUUGGUUUGACUCACUUUAGUUCCACAAUAUAAUAAAAAGAAAGCUAGCUUAAGCCAUAUUAUGCAAUUAAAAGCAAAGGUUUAUUACGCAAACUGAUAAGUAUCAUAAUCACGAAAUCUUGGCCAUUUGCUUUAUCGAUAUUCUGUGUUAUUAUGUACACUCUAACAUACCAAAAAUACCACAGCUAGACGCUAGACAGAGCCGAAAAAAGUCAGUUGGACAUUAAAUCUCAAUCUGAUCUGUCGUCUCCUUUUAAUCGGAACACAACAUUUCUGGCGACAAGGAAAAAAGUGCCGCAAAAUUUCAUUUUGUGUAAUUCGUGUCGGUAGACUAAAACAACAGUAAUCGAACGCAAAAAGACAUACAAUGGCUAACAGCCAAGUUAAUUUUGAAACAUUAUUGGCUCAACAGCAAGAAUUUGCGCAGAAGUUCUUUCACAAAAAAGUGGUGUGAACUAAGCCAGAUCGGGAGAAUUAUCCGUGUGCCCGCCGUUUCCAAACUUUAACAAAGAAAAUCAAAAUUGGGAAACGUACCUCCAACACCUGCAAGCAGCAGAUAGGAAAACAAGAAAGGAAGUUAGCUUUGGCAAGUUGAA